AUGGAAACACCUUUUCCAUCGACGAAAUCGAUUCAACAUUUGCUCGAUAACAAUAAAAAGUGGCGUGACGAUUUGAUCAAGCGGGACGCGUCGAUCUUUGACCGUACGGCCAUUGAUCAACAUCCUGCUUAUUUAUGGAUUGGAUGUUCCGAUUCUCGUGUACCAGCGGAAGAAAUUACAGGAUUGGACCCUGGUGAGAUGUUUUGUCAUCGCAAUGUGGCCAAUUUGGUCGUCACCAAUGACAUUAAUGUGCUCUCCGUUGUCCAAUAUGCCGUGGAAUCACUUAAAGUUAAUGAUAUUAUUGUCUGUGGACACUAUGGUUGUGGGGGUGUCAAAGUUGCCAUGGAAAACAACCACGUUGGAAUCUUGGACACGUGGUUAGGCACCAUUCGUGACGUUCAUCGGAAUCAUAAAGAUGAACUCGAUGCUUUACCAACCGAUGAGGCACGAUAUCGUCGUACGGUCGAGCUCAAUGUCAAACAGCAGUGUCUUAACAUUUUCAAGAUGAAUGUGAUCCAGCAUCGUUUAGGACGAAAAGAUGAACCAAAUAUACACGGCCUUGUGUACGACAUCCGGACUGGUGGACUGAAGGAGCUCAAGGUCGACUACCACGGGUACUUUGCCAAACUUGUUGGUGACGACAGUCUCCAUGCUUUCCCGGACGGUGAACCUACAAUGGGUUUAGCCCAUCGACGUCGUAACGCGAUUUUGGACCUAGGCGAUGGUCUUGAAAGUGAACCAGGCAUGGUUCGUACUUGUUACAUGGCUCGUAUGCUGAAACGCGAGUCCGAUCUUUUCACACCGGAAGAAGUGGACGAAGCAAUUGAUACAAUCAUGAGUCAGAAGGAAGACUCACAAAAAACGUUUUUGAACAUCAAGGACCUCAUUGCGUACUUUGCACCCAUGAAGGCCAAACAAAUCGAGUCACGUGGUGAUGGCACUGAUGAAUAA